AUGCAUCACUCGUAUCGUUUCUUAAUUUUCUUUUGCUCUAUCAGCUUCUUGGUUGUCGACAGCGAUAGAAAUUUUCAGAAUCAAUUUCCAUCUUACACGCCAUCUUUCCAACCGGAAACCCCUUAUUCCUGUUUGUACACCCUGUUACGUUAUUUUUUCCCAGAUGACGGGAAAUUCGACCAAAACAAUAACCAAUCAGCAUCAACAUAUUCUCAACAAGAAAAGCCUCCGGAAAUUUUGGAGCUUGAUGUCAUCGAUUCGGGCACAGGACAAAUUUUGUUGCAAUCUACAGGUAGUCCUUUUCUUCCUGAAACAUCCUCUUCCGCUUACCUGACAAAUGAAACAUGGAGCGAUAUAGCAGGACGUCGCAACAUUCCAACACUCAUCACUCUGCUGGCGCCAGCACAGUCACAGACAAAGAGAUUUAUAGCGCAUGGAGGAAGUUCAUUGUCGAGUGGAGUGGGCAUUUCAUUGCCAAGUGUAUUAUUGGGACAUUUGUUAGGCAAUCGAGUCAUUCAUUUAAAAGAUACUGUCGGAUCUCGUGGCGAACCUGGUCAUCCCGGUCCCCCUAGUCCUUCUGGCCCCCCUGGUUCUCCGGGUACUUGUAAUUGUGCACCAGGUGGGACAGGAGCUCCUGGCCCCACAGGUGCCGUCGGACCGACUGGAGCACCCGGCGUUGCUGGACCUACAGGUGCUUCUGGACCUACGGGUGCUUCUGGACCUACAGGCGCUCCUGGACCUACAGGCGAUCCCGGACCUACUGGCGCUCCCGGAUCUACUGGCGCUCCCGGAUCUACUGGCGCUCCCGGUUCUACUGGCGCUCCCGGGUCUACUGGUGCUCCCGGACCAACAGGUGCCAUCGGACCUACUGGGGCUCCUGGACCUACAGGUGGUCCUGGAGUUACAGGCGCUCCUGGAGUUACAGGCGCUCCUGGAGUUACAGGCGCUCCUGGAGUUACAGGUGCUCCUGGAGUUACAGGCGCUCCUGGACCUACAGGCGCUUCUGGACCUACAGGCGCUCCCGGACCUACAGGUGCCCCCGGUCCCACAGGCGAUCCGGGUCCCCGAGGUCCCCCUGGACUUCCAGGCAAUCCCGGCAAUCCCGGCAAUCCCGGCAAUCCCGGCAAUCCCGGCAAUCCCAGCAAUCCCGGCAAUUCCGGCAUUCCCGGCAGUCCCGGCAAUCCCGGCGCUCCUGGCGCUCCCGGCCUUGGCCGUCGUGUCAACCGUGGAUGGCAUUGAGAUGCGUGCGAGUAUCGUACACUGACAUGACGGUUAUGCAGCAUUAAAAAGAGGGAAAAACACCUGAUGUCGUUCUCAUUUCGAAGAACAAAUCUAGAAGGUCGAGGGAAACUUAACGCAAUUAUUCACACGUGCGUUAUUCUUGGCGGUUAAAUGGUUCAUUGCCUUUUCUUUGGAAAAACAAAACAAUCAUCUGGAAACUGGCUCAUGCGAAUGAAGGAUGGAUUAUUGCUGAUUGAUUGUUAUACCUCCUGGUUCAAAGAAAUUGCAUACACAAUCUGUUCGCACCGUCUGAACUCCCUCUGCA